AUGGAAGAUGAAGUUUUGCUUCCUCCAGCUAGACAAUUACAAGUGACCUCGAUUCUUAGUGCAGGAAAUGGACUGCAUAUAAUUCAACUCAAAGAGACCUCUCCACCAUUUCCUCUUUUGGCUCUUCCAUCCGCCACGAUGAUGUCACCUGCACGUCCAGGUACGGCUCAUCCAUCUCUCCCGGUAACUACCAGUUCGGCUCAAUCAAAUACCGAGUAAGUUACUCUACUUAAAUAGAGAGUAUAAAGAUUGCAGACGUCACUAGAAUUGUAUUUGCAGCACUUCACAUUGUAUUGGAGACUAUGAGAAUCUUUUCGGAUUGAUCGAUACGGUUGCCAACCAUUUCGUUAGUCGCGAAUAGUAGUGUUCAUCGUGAUCAGUCUAUAUGACACUGAGAUUGGAUUUUUGGACUAAAGUCAAUAGUAAAUAAGGCCUCAAAGUGUCCCAGAGAAUCAUCUAUUCACAAGGAGACUAAAGCUAUUCCUGUUUCUUAACGGUCAUAUCUGAUUCCUAGCGAUGGAGCGACCCAUCUAAUUAGCUAGAAUUUUUCUUGUGGUCGAAAAACGAAAACUGUUGAGACUCAUGUUGAUAGCAGGAAAUGAUCCGCAUCGAGAGUUCGGCAUCAUUCAGCAUUUUGAAGUUCGGGUAGCUAUUAAAAACCUAAAGCACGUAAGCAAUUUGUUCAAAUUUUGAAUUAUCCGAACGGUUUGCUCCUACAAAAUAUCGUUCUUCGAUUCAUUCAUGAACUUCAGGGAAAACGUAAACUGAUCUGAAGCACUUGGCAAUUACCCAGAAAGAGUCACUAAGUAUCUUGUUAUCCUUUUUUGUAGCAAGUCUUCAAAUGCCUGAGAUGAUCUUUUACUUCGAAUUCCAUGCCGCUGUUUAAAUAAAUGGGGUGCAAUUGUGAGUUCAGGGUUCUUUUUCUGUUGUAGACCACACCGUCGUUUAUGUUCACCUACACUCACAUAUUCCUGUUGGGUAAUUCUUUCGAAAACGUACCACAAUUACAUCAACUUUCUCCGA